AUGGGCGCUUCACAGUCGGCUCAAAUCCCAUCUGAAGACGAGCAGCAAGAAGAAGAAGAAGACGAAGAUGAUGAUGACGACGUCGUUCGGCACAGCAUUCAGAAUGACACGCGAGAUCCGUCCAUCGUCAAGAAGAUCCUGGAGCAGGAGCCGGAGAUGCUACCGUGCCACGCCUCGGCGUCCCCGCUCUCCCCGCAGCUCUCCACCUACGGCACGCCCCGGAUGGGCCCGUCCAUCAAGGUCUGGGACCCUUACAACGUCCUCGCCCCGCCUCCGCCCCUUCCCCCGCCCCCGGCCCACUUCCGCACCACCUUCUCCGCCGCGGAAGACGAUCGGGCCGUCACCCAUGUCUACCUCAUCAGCCACGGAGAGUGCCACAUGAACCUGAGGCCCGAUUUGAUCGCGGGCCGGUCCCCCGAGGCUGCCCUCACGCCCAACGGCAAACGGCAGGCGCGGGCCCUGGCCGUCUUCUUGAAGUCACAGGGAGUGAGGUUUAGUGCCGUGUACACUUCACCCUUGGAUCGCGUUCGGGCCACAGCCCUAUCUGUUUGCCAAGAGUUGAAUUUUUCGGAGGACCAUGUACAAUCAUCCGAUGCAUUAACAGAGAUGAGCCAAGGCCACUGGGAAGGUUGCCACCGCUCGGACAUCUUCACACCCGAGAUACUAAACUUAAUGGAGAAAUCACAGCCUGAUUUUUGCGCCCCGUCUGGAGAGUCCUUGAGGCAGGUCGAGUUCCGUAUGGUUCAGUUCCUCAACAGCACGCUCACAUCCUUCCCUGUCAAGUUCAGACCCGACUUCUCCCCACCCGACCCGACCGACAACCCGACCCUGAGCGUACCUUCUCUGGGCCCACCACCCAACUGGGACUUGCUCCACCGGCACCGGCAGGGGAUCCACCGCAAGAAAUCCGGCAAGAGCAGGCUUCAGGUUGUGACAACUGGCGAUAACGAGGCUGAUGACGAGAUGUCCCCUCGUGUCCCAGUUGUCCGAGACUUAAGUGUUCAGACAAGUAGUAACAACAAUAGUAGUAGUAGCAGUAAUAAUAAUAAUAAUAAUUUGAUUGUGUCUACUUGUGUUGGGGUUUUCAGUCACCCGACACCGAUCAAAUGCCUGUUGACUGGAAUCCUCGGUUGCAGUCCUGCUAUGUCAAACAAGAUUUGCGUGGAAGAUUCUUCGGUGACCGUGCUGCAGCAUUCGUGGAAGCUUGGGUGGCAGAUUAAGAGAUUGAACGACACGUCGCAUCUUAGGCUACUCUGA